AUGUCCGACUCGGACUCCUCCAAAACACCUUUAGACAGUCUUGGCAUUGCACUCAGAGUCUCAAGUGACAUACAAAAUAUCACCGACUACUAUCGUAGAGCAACAGAGGGGCUUUUUGAUAACAAUGGAAACGCUAAUGACCCCACGCCAGGGGCUGUACUUGGCAGCCUCAUGCUCGGUGCGGUCAGGGGUUUUGUUCUCGAGCAUUCGACUCAGGGCCAAGAGGCUAUGUUGUCACUCUUAUGGAGCAACGUCGAGUCUGCACAAAAGUCAUUCCGCGAAGUUGCUGAACAGUUCGAAGUCAAAAUCGAAGAAGUAAAAGUGGCAAAUUCACGCUGGAAUCAGGUGAACAAAGAUGAGAUCCGACAAUCGGCCAAUGCCAGGGAGCUCUACCAAAUGGUCGAAAAGCUGAUUGAAGCUCGAUGGGAUGUCCCGCGAUUUCCUAGAGUCUCAAUUCCCGAGCCUACUACUCGUUCGUUCCUAGAGCCUAACACCACACCAUGGGAAAUAUUCGAGUACGCGAGGUUGGAAUCACCAAAAAGCACCAUCCGUCUGGUAAGAAUGGAAUCCAUCUCCGAAUCACUCGAACUCCCAAUACGUAUAACGAUAAGGACGAUUUGUCUUGAAGACAACGUUCCCUUCGCAACGCUGUCAUACACCUGGGGAAAUCCUUUUGGUGUAUUUUGUUCUGAGAAAGACCGCGAUGCUACCCCACGCAUGGACAUACCAAUAAUAUGUGACGGAAGACUCUUGAAAAUUGGCGAAAACUUGUACAGAUUUCUCUGCAGAUGGAGGCAGGCGCUCGCCAACUUCGAUGAGAGGAUGAGAGAACACGACGCGCCCAGUGAACUGCUGGAGGCAUCCAGGCCCCCUGUAGAGUUCUGGAUCGACGCGAUAUGCAUAAAUCAGGAAGACCUUGAGGAGAAGAGCCAGCAGGUAUCGAUUAUGGGUGACUUGUAUGCCAAGAGUGCGAUCACUUGGGUAUGGCUAGGAGAGCACGACCAGUUUUCUAAAGAUGCAUUCGGCGUUCUACAAAACCUCGCCAAACAAUCCGAUGGUGCGAAUGAUGAGAGCCUCCAAACUCUGGACGUGGACAACGAACUGCUUGUCAGUUCUGGCCUGCCGGACACAAACUCAUGGAAGUGGUUCGCUGUCUUCGCCCUUUUUCAGCGACAGUGGUUUCGACGGUCGUGGGUGGUGCAGGAAGCGGCGCUUUCGUCUCGCAUUAUCUUCCAAUGUGGCUCGCUAAAUGUGCCCUCUUGGAUGAUUGUGUCCGCCUGUAACAGUAUUCGGCGAUUCGGCUUUUUGGAGAAACUGAUUGUUAAUGUCGGCAUGUAUGAGAUGGGGCCAACCCGAUUCGAGCUGAGGAUAGCGAAUGGACCUACCCAAAGGGCCUUUUUAAAGACCUCAAGCAAGGGCCCAUCAGAACUGAGGUAUUAUCAUCAUCGGGAGGGAGUGGAGCUCCAGAUCGCCAGGAUGUUUUCCAGAAUCCUCAGAAUAAAGACGCUGGAUUCCGAGAUCCUCAUGAACGAUAAGAAUUUCUUAGUUGUCAAAGACUCCAACAACACUUUUGAUAACGUUUCUGCCUUGCUGGACCUCUGGAACCUCAGUCGGAAUACUCUCUGUGGUAACCCGAAAGACAAAGUAUAUGCAUUGGCAUCUUUAGCCAAUAGGGACGUAUACAAGACCUCACGUACUGUUCAAGACCGCAGAGUGUUGGAGCCAGACUACAAGAAGUCUGUGUGCGAGGUCUACUGCGAAGCGGCAUGGUUCACAAUAUUAACGCAUGCCAGCCUGGAUCUGCUGUCGAUGGCUGGGCACACUGCACUAAAUAAUAAUACGCACGGCUUACCAUCGUGGAUUCCUGACCUAUCUCAAUCACCUCGCUUCGUUGCUCUCAAUGAAUACCUCAAAGCCAAUCCUGGGAUUGACUGGCGAGCCAGCGGUGGGGUGCGCUGGGAGAUCCCAGCGCCAUCCAUGCGACACGGGCGGCACCUGGGCGUUCAAGCCAGAUUCAUGGGCAAGAUACGGGAGACAGAUCAUGAAGAGCCAGAUUUCAGUGAUAAUGAAUCUAUCAAAGUGAAUUUCAAGCAAAUUCUGGAGUUCUCCAAACUGCUUCCAUCGACCUACCUUGGCCACCAAGACGGCCAGGCCCGGUUCGAAGUGGUUUGGAGAACAAGCAUAGCUGACACAAUAAACGGUAUCUCGCCAGCGCCUUCCAAUUAUGCCGUGGAGUUCGACAAACUGUACAUGGAAGCUAUUAAAAAGGUCCUCGAUAAUCGUGCGGUAGGCAACUUCGGACACGGCGAAUUGUUUGGCACAUGGCCGUCUGAAAACGACGAACUGUUUAGCACAUGGUCGAUUAUGAAGGAUAUGGGAAGACUACAUGAUCACUCAGCUUUGGCUGUUGCAAUGGAAGAAGGAACCAAUGAGACUGCAAACUUCCAAGAGCGAAGUCGCUUAAAUCUGGAGAAGAGUAUCCCGAUAGAAAAAUUGCAACUCAACAUGGUGUUUGGCCCUCUACUUUAUCAAGAAGGCACCCUCGUAACAUUGACAUUGCGGAGCAACCCCAGUGCAUUUGAUCCUUUGGGAGCGGCAGGCUGUGCAAGCACGGGGGAACUCUUCCUCGGUCAGCAGAAAUAUCUGACUAGCUUGAUCGUUGCUAUAUACACUAGUUGGGAGACUCUUUGGCAGUAA